AUCUGUACGUCUGCGUCUACACACCGGCAUCGCCAGCCUUGCAGCGCUGCAACGCAACAAUCGACUAACGAAUCUUCUUAGUCUCCACACACAACCGCCACCAUGUCUGGUGAAACCUUCGAGUUCCAGGCUGAGAUCUCUCAGCUGCUCGGCCUUAUCAUCAACACCGUCUACUCGAACAAGGAGAUCUUUCUGCGAGAACUGAUCUCCAACGCCUCCGAUGCCAUCGACAAGAUCAGAUAUGAGUCCCUGUCGGAUCCUAGCAAGCUUGACAGCGGCAAGGACCUCCGCGUCGACAUCAUCCCCAACAAGGAGAACAAGACUCUUACCAUCCAGGACAGCGGCAUUGGUAUGACCAAGGCUGAUCUCAUCAACAACCUCGGUACGAUUGCCCGCUCUGGUACCAAGCAGUUCAUGGAGGCUCUCACUGCUGGUGCCGAUAUCUCUAUGAUCGGUCAGUUUGGUGUUGGUUUCUACUCUGCGUACCUUGUCGCCGACCGCGUCACCGUCGUCUCCAAGAACAACGAUGAUGAGCAGUACAUCUGGGAGUCCAGCGCUGGUGGUACUUUCAAGAUCACCGAGGACACCGAGGGCGAGCAGAUCGGUCGCGGAACCAAGAUCAUCCUUCACCUGAAGGAUGAGCAGCUCGACUACCUUAACGAGUCCAAGGUCAAGGAGGUUGUCAAGAAGCACUCUGAGUUCAUCUCCUACCCCAUCUACCUCCACGUCCUCAAGGAGACCGAGACCGAGGUCGAGGACGAGGAUGCCGCCGCCGAGACCACCACCGAGGGUGACGACAACAAGCCCAAGGUUGAGGAGGUCGACGAUGAGGAGGAGGAGAAGAAGACCAAGAAGACCAAGAAGGUCAAGGAGUCUAAGAUUGAGGAGGAGGAGCUCAACAAGACCAAGCCCAUCUGGACACGCAACCCUGCCGACAUCUCCCAGGAGGAGUACGGUUCCUUCUACAAGUCCCUCUCCAACGACUGGGAGGACCACCUCGCUGUCAAGCACUUCUCCGUUGAGGGUCAGCUCGAGUUCCGCGCUAUCCUCUUCGUUCCCAAGCGCGCUCCCUUCGACCUGUUCGAGACCAAGAAGACCAAGAACAACAUCAAGCUCUACGUCCGCCGUGUCUUCAUCACUGACGAUGCCACCGAGCUCAUUCCCGAGUGGUUGUCUUUCGUCAAGGGUGUUGUCGACUCUGAGGACCUUCCCCUCAACCUGUCUCGUGAGACUCUCCAGCAGAACAAGAUCAUGAAGGUCAUCCGCAAGAACAUCGUCAAGAAGACUCUCGAGCUCUUCAACGAGAUCGCUGAGGACCGUGAGAACUUCGACAAGUUCUACGCUGCCUUCGGCAAGAACAUUAAGCUCGGUAUCCACGAGGACUCCCAGAACCGCUCGCAGCUUGCUAAGCUUCUGCGAUUCAACUCUACCAAGUCUGGCGAGGAGCUCACCUCCCUCACCGACUACGUCACUCGCAUGCCCGAGCACCAGAAGCAGAUGUACUACAUCACCGGCGAGUCCCUCAAGGCCGUCCAGAAGUCUCCUUUCCUCGACACACUCAGGGAGAAGGGCUUCGAGGUUCUCUUCCUUGUUGACCCCAUUGAUGAGUACGCCAUGACUCAGCUCAAGGAGUUCGACGGCAAGAAGCUCGUCGACAUCACCAAGGACUUCGAGCUCGAGGAGACAGACGAGGAGAAGGCUGAGCGCGAGAAGGAGGAGAAGGAGUACGAGAGCCUCGCUAAGAGCCUCAAGAACGUUCUCGGCGACAAGGUCGAGAAGGUUGUUGUCUCCCACAAGCUCAUCGGCUCUCCUUGCGCCAUCCGUACCGGCCAGUUCGGUUGGUCCGCCAACAUGGAGCGUAUCAUGAAGGCCCAGGCUCUCCGUGACACCUCAAUGAGCUCCUACAUGUCUUCCAAGAAGACCUUCGAGAUCUCGCCCAAGUCUCCUAUCAUCAAGGAGCUCAAGCGCAAGGUCGAGGCUGAUGGUGAGGAGGACCGUACUGUUAAGUCCAUCACCCAGCUCCUCUUCGAGACCUCGCUGCUUGUUUCUGGCUUCACCAUUGAUGAGCCCGUCCAGUACGCUGAGCGCAUCCACAAGCUCGUCUCUCUCGGCCUGAACGUCGACGAGGAGGUUGAGACCGAGGCAGAGACCAAAGCUGCCGAGGAGGCACCUGCUGUUGCCGGCGAGAGCGCUAUGGAGGAGGUUGACUAAGCGUAUCGCCAUCUUUUUCCGUUUCGAAAAGUUUGGUCGGCGCUUUGAUAUCCCUUUCAUGUGUUACGGCUCUUCUUUCUCUUUUCUUACCUCACUUGCAUGACGAUUAGCUUCAUCGACGUCGGCGUCUUAGAGUGGUGGUUUUACGCUUCAUGAGUAAAUGGAUAUCCCGAAUUGUACUAGGUAGAUCUACCCUGGGUAGCUCUGAGCAUACUCAGUAGCUGAUUCAUGAAUGAUGAAAACUUCAAAAACACUUUUGUUCCCUUGCGCUGUGCUGUGUACUUGCUCACUUUCGUCCUGCUAAUCGCAUGCGUGCUAGGUUUCUAUUUCUAUUCCCGAAGC